CCAUAAUCGAGCGAAUCCUCUCCCCGCGUCGCGGGUCUGAGCAAAACAAAGGAAAUGUGUGAGAUAUCGAAGAGCCAGCGUCGUGCCUACCGGGAUCAGGAUCCACCCCGAAUAACCGACAGCGAUUCAGUCCUCACCGAGUCCCUCAGCAAAGACGAAACGGAAUUCUCGAGGAAACACCAGGAGUACAAGCAGAGGAGGGAAGAGGCGUUGAUCACAGCCGAGUCUCGAGACUCUCCGGUCAGUAACGGACGCGGCAACAGCCAAACCGGAGUUGCUUCAAACACAGCUAAAGCUGAAGAAGAAACAGUGCCUUCCUCAUUAACAAUCAUCAACUCGUCACUAGCUGCUGCCCCCACCAACGAGGUGAUUACGAACGGCGUUAAGAGGGACCCAGACAGCUGCGAGUCUUUGACAAACGGAAGAGAUAUGGCACCUGUCAUGGGAGUUCCACCACCCCCACCUGCACCACACAUGGGGCCGGACGGCCUCAUUCUACCCCGUAAGCCUUACAACCCGUGCCUCAUAUCCAACAAUCAUAAGGACCUUCGUAGAGAAUUGCUUUUCAAUCAGAAAAUGGGUAAAAAUGUAUUAAAUCAGAAGAGUGAACUAGAGCGAGCCCUGGAGAGACAGCGUGAAGCGGCAAUGCGUCGGGAAUCCGAGAGAAAUCGAGAGGAAACGUACAAGGAUGACCCAAGGACAGCCCUGCAACGAGCCAUCGAACAAAGGGCAAGGCAGCUCGAGCUCUCGGAGCAACCACCGAUUGUCGAACCACCAAAUCCCCUGGUAACCGCGAGAGCCAAAUUAAGAACACGCACUGACUCGCAGUGAGGGAGACGUAAACCCCGGGUUUAUAACACUCAGAUUGAGUUUUGUUAGAGGAAACGAUUGUUCAGAGACGCAUAUAUGAUGAGAAAUAGAUUUAAAGAUUUAUUGAUGUGAAUCGGCGUGUGUAGAUAAUUUUUUACAUUUUUUACAUAUGCAACUGGUGAGGCUGUGUAUACAAAAAAUGUGUGGAAAAUCGUGAGAUGGGGCGAGUGGAAUUAAUGGAGUAAUCAUGAUUAUGCAUGACGAGUUAGAAAUGAGCAGAUUAAAGAUAUGGAACGAUCAAUAAGGAAUCAUAAAAAUAGAUGAGAGGAAAAGAAUUAAAAUCUUGAAUUAUGCAAAUACUAAGAAUUAUGCGAAAAAUAUGUGAAAAAUCGGGAAAUGGGGCGAAUGAAAUCAAUGGAGUAAUCAUGAUUAUGCAUGACGAGUUAGAAAUGAGCAGAUUAAAUAUAUAGAAUGAUCAAUAAAGAAUCGUGAAAAUAUAUAUGAGAGAAAAAGAACUAAAAUCCCGAGGAUCUGGAAAAAAUGCAAGAAAUUAUGCAAAUAAUAUGUGAAAUAUGAGUUGAGACGAGUGAAAUCAGUUGAAUAAUCAUGAUUAUGCAAUUGAAUAACAUUAUACUGGCUAGAUAAAUAAAUUAGGAAACAACAGAGUUGAAAUAUGUGAAAUAAUCAAACAAAAAUAAAUGAGACAGGGAAUAAAAAUCCAAAGGAUCCACAAAAAAGAUUAAAAAUGUAUGAAACGAGUGGAAUCGGUGAAUAAUCAUGAUUACGCAGUUAAAUAAAAUUGUACCGGCUAGAUAAACAAAUUAGAGACUGGCAGAGAUGAAAUAUAUGAGUUAAUCAGACGAAAAUAAAUGAGAGAGAAGAUGCGAAGAAAUGAAAUCCAGAGGAUCUAGAUGUUUUUACUGAGCUCACUCGUGUGAACACAAAAAGAGGACAAAAACACUUAGACCGGUUCUGAGGACCGGUGUUGGACUGGACCAUGAUACGAACGUUUAUAGAGAAUCAUAUUUACAUCAAUGUUUUUUUACGAAUUAGAAAUACACUUGAAACGUUUCGAAUACGCGCUAAUAUUUCUCUUUCCAUUUUUUUUUCUGCAACAUUCGUGCCACGAGUGUUGUGGAGUGCAGCCCCCAGGGACCAUGUCCGAAGAAUUAUAAAAAGUUGAUUAGAUGUGAGGGGAAAGGCACUCCUUGUGUGUCGAGAUUUUUUUGGCGGAAUUAAUCUUUGACAUUCGAAUUAUUCGAGUUAUUUUAAUUCAUAGUUUUAAUGAUAUGUAGCUCGAGGUUUCAUUCCACGGUUUAUUUUUAACUUGUAACAUAUUAUUUUGAGCCGUUUUAUUGUAGCUUUGGAAUCGUGAAAUUGAGAGGAGAGAAUUUUCAGAAUUUGAAUAUACAAGUUUUGAGGAAUUAUUAAAGGAGAUUAAUUACAA